AUGUUUUUACUCAGAAGAGGAGCUGAAUCUCAAAACACAAAUGAAAAGAACAACAGAUCAUCAAAUAACGAAUAUUUUCUUAAUUUUAAUAACACGGGUUCAUCAUCUGUAAUGAGAACGGCAACUGCCGCUACAACCCAAGGCUUGCAAAAAUUCUUUCAUCUAAAGGAGUCGGAAGAAGCAGCCGACAUUAAUGAGAUCAUUACAGAGCACGAGUUUAAACAAAUUGUGAAUUUUAGAAGAUUGUUUGAGCAUAUUAAACGAACAGAAGACACUGUUCAGGGAGAAAACGUGAAAAUUCAAAAAUUAUUAAUAUUUUGUGAAGACGCAGAAAAGUUAUUAAUUGCCAUGGAAGAGCCUUUUAUUAAAGCCUAUGGAGUGGAUGCAUACAAUCAAAUAGAAGAAGAGUUUCAUAUGGUCUCUAAAAGAAUACGUACCAAUCAUAAAGAGGAUGUUUCAACAAAGUAUCACACAAAAAGUUCUAAUAGUUUCAGCCAACUUCCAGACAUUGAAUCUAUCAUGACUUGUACAAGCAAUAUCCAAAAGCAAUUACUUGAUCAGAGAAGAAAUGAAUCUUCACUAAUAGAAGAGUAUGGAGAGCUACUUGAAGAGGUUGAAGAAACAACAAUUGAUGAAGACGUUGAGGACCAAGACAAAACAACAGAAGAAUUGUCAAAAUUAACUUCAAUGCUCAAGCAGAAAGCAAUUGAAGUGAAUCAAGCAAUUCAAACUGAUGUAAAUAUGAUGAAAAGAAGUAGUGUUAUUUUGGAAAAGAAUAAGAGUGCUCUUGAAACAGCUCAGCAACGAUUAGACUUGCAGAUCGACACAGCCAAGUCAUAUUUGUAUUCUCAUAUGGUAUUCCUUAUUGUUGUAAUUGUAUCAUUUCUGGCCAUGAUUGUGAUCAUUUCUAUAUUUCCUCGUCUUGUGUAA